AUUAAUCCUUCCUUCUUAGACGAUAAACAUUAUUGGUGAGAAAAACUGUCAAUACUGGUAUGAAAAUUAUAUUACAUGUGGGAUGCAGAAGAAAAAAAAUGCAUAUAAUCAUGGAUUAGACUAUGUGAAAGUGAAAUAUCUGACAUUUAUUUGCAUGUAAAAGAAAACAGAUAGCUUUUAUUACAUGGCAUUAGGUUGUUUACAAAAGUUUUGAUGGAUAUUUUAUUCCUUUCAGAAUUCAAAGCUGAAACAAAAUUAUGACUGCAAAAUUAUGUUAUCUUAUGAAAGUGAUAUUCAAAAUUAUGCAAUAUAGCUGAGACAUUCUAAUGCAAAAUUAGAUAAUUUCAUUAAGGACACAUUAGACUUUAUAGUUUCUGUGGAUUAAUUUUCAACAUGUCUUUUCUAAAGGAUAAUAUAAACAUGCUCGUAAGCAACAUAUUAAGAACAGACGACCUUCCACCAGUUAGACCCACUAUUAGUAGAAGUAUGACACUGUCAGCUGGCAGCGAUGAUGUAUUUCUUGAAGACGAUGACUCGAGUACUACACAGUUUACGUCACUGAAGUCCAAACCUGAAGAGAGCAACAGAAGCAGCACUGGGUCGUUUGUCAUACUAGGCCUUAUAUUUGUAACAUCUAUUGUAGCUUUAGGGAUUGUUUAUCUAAACUUCCCUAAGGUUGAAGAAUCAGAAAAGCAGCAUAUAAAAUUACCUAGAGAUAUAGAGGACGCUAAGCGAUUAGGAAAUGUCUUAUCUAGAUAUAAGGACAAAUUUUAUAUACAGGUGUUAGGUGCUUAUUUCAUAACAUAUAUAUUUUUACAAUCAUUUGCUAUACCAGGAUCCAUAUUUCUCAGUAUACUCUCAGGAUUCCUGUUCCCAUUUCCACUGGCAUUAUUUUUAGUAUGUUUGUGUUCUGGUUUAGGAGCUUCAUUUUGUUAUUCAUUAUCAUAUCUAGUAGGGAAACGAUUAGUCGUGAAGUAUAUACCACAGAGAGUUAUAGAAUGGCAAUCUCAUGUAGAUAAACACAGAGAACAUUUGUUGAACUACAUCAUAUUUUUGAGAAUUACACCAUUUUUACCCAACUGGUUUAUAAACAUUACGUCACCAGUCAUAAAUGUUCCAAUUGUACCAUUCUUUGUUGGAACAUUUUUAGGUGUUAUACCACCAUCAUUUAUUGCAAUACAAGCAGGUACAACGCUACAUCAGCUGACAUCAUCCAGUGACAUGUUAUCGUGGACUUCUAUAGGCAUGCUAGCAUUGUUUGCUGUUAUAUCUUUACUACCUGUGAUAUUCAAGAAAAAAAUACAAGAAAAAAUAGACUGAGAUUUGAAUAGAUUUUGUAAAUCUGAUGCAUUGUUUGGGAUUACUGGUGGAUAUUUUUGUUAUGCAUUGUUUAUUAUUGAUAUGUAUAUCUGUUUUAUUGUAUCCAUUUUAUUUCAACAUCUAAAUUAAAUCCUUGAGCUACUGAAUAUCCGUAUAUGCUGACUAGUGAUGAACCUUGUAUAAAUCAACGUCAAUAACUAUAAUGCAUUUUGUCCUGAUUGUACAAAUUUUAUACAUAUGUUAACCAAAAAAAAAGCUAGGCACUUCUAAGUGUGUGCAAUAUAAAUAUAGAUUGCUUACUGUGCCACGAUGUUUUACUUUUCCCCUGUCAAAAAGUAGGAUAACAUUCUCAAUAAAUAUAUUUUACUUUAAAGAAAAAAAGCUUUCAUAUAAUUCCUGAUUAUUAUACAGUUUUUAAAAGAACAGUUACUCUGAAAAAAAAUAUUGAAAUAAGAAAGACCAUUGGACACUUUCUCUGUUAAUGAAUACCAUUUCUGGCCAUUUGUUUGUUUUUCAAUAAACACAAUGUGAUUUGCUUGUGCUUGGCUCUGUAUUGUAUAAAAUUCAAUUAUAUUGCCAAGCUUCUUUCCUAUGGUCUGAUCUUGCCUUGUUGACAGUUUGAAAAAAAUGACCUUGCCUUUUCAACUUUUCUUAAAACAUAGACAAAUCUUUAUUGAAUAUCUAGAGAAGAAUAGGAAAUGUUGACUGUAAAAUGUCUAAAAAUCUAUUGAAAAAUAUUCUAUAUCAUAAAUAAUUCAACAUUUCCCUGGUUGUGUUAUAUUUUUUAUGCAUUCAUCUAUGACAUAUCCCAUUGAAUACAUUUAAAAAAUGUUUUUAUAAAAAUAAACUCUUCAGGAUUUGAUAUAGGAUUUGUAUUGUCUAAACAAAAAUUAAGAGAGAUAAGAGACCUGUUGAGUAUGUUUUAAAAAACUGAGGACCAUAAAUUUGUUAUUAUAUACCAUAUCCUUAUUUUGACAAAUACUUGACCGUGAAACUUUUAUUUAUAGUAAUGAAGAUUAUUUUAUCGAUGCAAAAUUAAUUAUUGAGAAAUAUGAAGAAAUUCAGUGUUAAGGGCAUACGAUACAGAUUUGAUCCCACGGUGAAUUUUUGACGAAAGUUUGCAUGCAAGCUAUUUUUUACCUAGUCAAUUCAAAUAUGUAAUAAAAAAUAUAUACCUUCAUGGUCUACUCUCAGAAAUAAAUUGGGUCGAAAUUUUAGAAAUUUACUGGAAAUUUUGGUUUCUUGGACAUUUCUAUCAUUUGGAAAGACAUACUUAACUUUUUCGUUUCAAAAGGUAACAGCAAGCGAAGUUUUGUAAAAGCAUCUGGAAUAUCUUCUCUACAUAAGUGUGCUUUGAAUUUAUGUAACAAUUCUUUGGACAAUAUUCAUUUUUGUCACAUUUUCAUGAUUUUAGUCAAAGAACAGCAUUUUUUGCUGUAUAUUUAUCGAAUCUAAAAAAAUUUCAUCUGUGAUUUUUUCAUAAGAAUUGGCACAAAUAAUCUUCAUGUAUAAUCAAGCCAAAUGUCAUUUUUUAAAAAGAAGGGUCCAUGAACUCCUUUUCAAGUUAAAUCGGUUUAAAUGAUAAAAAUCUGUCUAAAAGGCAUCUUUUCCCGAUAUGUCACAGUUUGACGUCGUGAAAAAUAACAUUUUACAUUAGCAAUGUCAUUACCUCCCCUGUAACUGUAUCAUAUGCCCUUAAAUUCUUCAAAUUAAAAUACAGUGAAUCCAGUUUAAACCAGAUUAAUCAGAAGCGAUUUUGUUCUGAUAAGACAGAUAUUUGGUUUACACAGGUUGAAAUAUCAAAGAAUGUUAAAUUUACCCAUAAACAAUGCAUGCAUUUAGUUUAGACAAGGGUUUAUGUAGAGUAAUGUAAAGACCAGUUUCACUGUAUUAAGCUAGUCAGAUUUUAUAUACAUGUUAUAUUUAUUCGAGUAAAAUAUAUGUAUGAUCCCAGAAUAUGAUGUAGUUUGACAGAAUUGUUUCUGUAGAUAUACCUCAGAUUAUUAUAGUUCUCUGAUAUUGUGUAUGGUGUGUGUAGUUGUUCAAUUAGGUAAUGAAUUUGUUAACUGGCAUUUAAUUUUAUGUUAAUUUAAACAGAUAUAUGUAUACAGAAUUAUUUUUUAUUUCACAUUUUUAGUUCCUUGAAUUAAAUAAUUAUGAGGUCAAAUCAACAUAAGCUUGACUGUCAAAAACAAAAGCCUUAAGCUAGCCAUAUGACCAACAACCUUAUUGAAAAAAAAAAAUAUUAUCUUCAAAGAUUACUUAGGUACUGGUAUAUCAGAUCCAUAUAAUUCCACUCAAACUUUUGCAGACGGAUGUAAAUAAGUAACUUCAUUUUUUGUUACCUUUAAAAUUCAUUACUUUUGCUAUUAUGAUUUAGAAUAAUAUUUAUUAACAUGAGAUCAUUGUAUAUAUGGUAUACAAACUAUUUUAAUAGCUGUUGAAAUUAGCUGCUGAUGUUUUGUGUUUUGUCAAAUUAGUAUUUAUUGUAUUUAUUGUUUUUGGAACUUAAGGUGCUAAUAACUUUGUUGGUGGUGCCAAUUCAUUAUGUAUUGUUUAGAAUUGUUCUUCAUUAUUUCAAAUACAUUUGUUAAAAGUUCAAUACUCACUCUACAUUAUAACAAAAGAUACACAAGAGUAUACUUGAGGUAGAGUUACACAGUUUUUAAUCAAUAUGAUUGAAAAACAAAUCCUGUGUUCAGGCUUUGCUUUUAGGAUCUUACAAUGAAUGCUCUAUUCAAUUUUCUAUUUUAAUGAUUAUUACAUCACACAAUGAAAUUUCUGCCUUCAGAUUUUUCAAUGUACAUGUUAUUAUGAUUAAUCAAGAGAAUUCAGAAAAAAACCUUGGGUUUGAAAGUAAAACAGAGCAUUGUUUGAUCCUUGUAAGAAAAACUGGUACUCAAUGAAUAAUUCAACCAAUCCAUAAUAUUUUUCAUCAGAGUUGUGGACCAAGCUUUGCCUUAUUUAUGUAUAUUACAUCCUCUUUUUUAACUGUCAUUCAUCCAUGAUUUUAAUCUUUAAUGCAUUAUUUUCUUUUUAAUUAAAAAAAAAAGAGUAAAUAGAAUGUAUUCAUUUGAAAAAAAAAUCCUUUUAAGUAUUCCUUUUCUUUUAUAUUGGAACACUUUAACCACCAGUAGAUAAAUUCCACUUGUGUUGACCAAAACCUAUAAUUGCCACAUUAGAUUUUUUAAAACAUAAUUGAUUUUAUUGUACAUUGAGUAUUUGAAACAUUUAUAAGAUGUUUUGGCCACUGUCCAGUUUCUGUUAUCUAUCUAAGCUACAAGGAAGAUAAGUUACUUUCAUUUUUUUUCAUAAUAGAUUAUGAGAGUGAUUUGUCUACAAUGUUGUUUUGAAAGAUAACUGAGAAACUAAAGAAGGCAAGUGGCCAAAAUGUCUUAUAAAUGGUUUAUCUACUACAAUAAUAUAAAACAGAGGUCGACUUAACAAAAUUUAAAAGUAUGGCCAAUAGGGCGCAUUAGAACGUAAAUUUAAUGGCCCAACUCAAAUAAAAUUUGCCCUAAUACAUGUAAUACUAUCUAAGUGAAAAUAUAGUCAAAUGUAAUGACCAAUGGGGCCAGUAGUCUUUAUGUUCAACUGGCCCUAUCGAAAUUCUACUGGCCUUGGGUCAGCGGGCCAGUGCUUAAGUCCAUCCCUGUAAAAUGAAUUCCCUUUUGGAAUUUUUACACAAUAUUUGAUUUUCAUUUCUUUCCAUUAUUAUUACAAUACAAUUUGUUAUAUGUUCCAUGUUUCACUAUACUUGUAAAUUAAACAUUUAUUUAUUAGAAACUUUAUGAAUCUCAGCACAUUGUGUUAUAAUCCAUGGUGUGAUUGAAAAAUAUAAAAACUUUUUAUCUAAAAAAAAAUACAGUAAUCAAAUUAAAAAAAAUACUGCUAUUAUGUUUUUAUUUGAAUUUUGAUUUUUUUUUUUUUUUUACAAGGGCUGUUAAAAAAUUCAAUGUCAAGGGAGGAGUGAUGGGUGUCAGGAGGCACUUAUUACAACCAAAGCCAUCAAUAAUAUAACUCUAAAAACAUUCCGACUGAUUCUUAAAGCUGAUGUCAAAACAUACAAUCACCAGUCAAAUUUGUGUAUCUCGACUUAUAUGGAAUAGAUCUAACUGAAAAAUAGACUGUAAAGAAUAUUAUUCAAUGAAAUUCUUUAUCAUGUUUAAAAGCUGUUCAACAUUUCUUUUCAAAAUUUUUUGGGUAUUUUUUUAAAAGUAUUUUCUAAUAAAAAAUAACUGAUUUAAAUGUGUUUAAUAAUUGAAUAAUUUUGUCAAAAGAGAUCAAAAGAAUAAAUUUCUAAACAAAAGAAACUAAUUAAGUUUAUUGUUUCAAAUAGAAAUUAAGGGCAUUGUCAAAAUUAAUAUUUGAGAUUUAUUCCACAAAUAUAGUGUAUAGUGGGUUUUGUAAGGCUUCAUACACUGCUAAAAUGAUAUGUACGAAGCAGAAAUUUUUAUUCUUACAAUGUUCUACAUCAAGUAAACUUGUAUUUUGGCUUUUAUAAACUAAAUCUUAAGAGUAUCUAUAUAUAAGAGUAAAUUAUAGCAUACUGAAGACUUUGUAAUAAUAUGUUAUCAUUUCUAUUCAUCCUUUUAAUUUAGUAUUAAGAACUAAUAAAAAUAAUAGGUCUUUUA